CGCUAAAUUUCGAGGUUGCUAAUCAAUCAUCAUCGCCACGACUCAUUGCGCGACUUGCACCUCUGCGCCCACUCUUCUGAUCUCGGACCUUUCCCUACUACAAGGAGCGUUGUGGGCGCUCAUAUCGUCUUUCGCUUCACGGCCACCCAGACCCCUCGAUACCGUGGCAAUUCCAAGCGCCGCUACCGGACACGCGACGAUGCUCCAUGGACAGCACCUGCCGUGGCGGGCAGCCCUUCGCCACGCUUCACGGUCGGCGGUGAGGGCCGCACCUUCCACCGUCCCCUCGCCCUACCUCCCCGCCCAAUGCACAGCAUCAUUUGCGCGAUGCCCGCGCCGGUACACGUCGCCCCCCGCGGCACUGCUCACCUCGCGCAGCUUCUCGACAUCGAUGAGCCGGCGGAAGGAGCAGAAGCCGAAGACGCCGCCCGAGACAUCGGAAGAGCCGAAGGAGGAAGGCGAGGAGGAGCAGAACAAGCAGCCCAAGGCACAGGACGACGCCGACAGCGUGGAGGCGAAGAGCAAGGCGCCUGAGCCGAUACCAACAGCAAGCGACACGAAGGGCAGCUCGGCAGGAGGUGGAGCCGCAGGCGCAGGAGGCGACGGAGGCGGCAAGAAGCGCAAGCAGUCGGACAAAUCCCUCGUAAAGCCCUCGAUACCCGACGUGUACCCCCAGGUCAUGGCGAUACCCAUCGCCAAACGGCCCCUGUUCCCGGGCUUCUACAAGGCCAUUACCAUACGCAACAAGGAGGUUGGCCAGGCUAUUGCCGAGAUGGUGAAGCGCGGCCAGCCAUACAUUGGCGCCUUCUUGCUCAAGGACGACGAGGCCGACAAGGACGUGAUCGACGACCCGAGCGAGGUGUAUGAUGUCGGCACAUUCUGCCAGGUCACCAGCGCUUUUCCCAUCGGGGCGGAUGACAACUUCGCAAUGACGUGCGUGCUGUACCCGCACCGGAGAAUCAAGAUGACGGAGCUGAAGCCGCCUGGCGCGAACAAGCCUCAGGAGAGCUCAGCCGAGGGCGUCGAGGGGGCUGACGGAGCCUCGGUGGCUGAGAGCACAUUGAUGGAGGCUGCUGUCAAAGAGCCGGAAGCCGAGCAAGCGAAGGGCGAUGUCGUGGCAAGCUUCGAGGAGAGCAGCGCUGACGCCACAAAGGCGCCCCGCUACUACGAGGCGACAUCAUUCCUCAAAGGCAAGGACGUCAGCAUCGCGAACGUUGAGAACCUCUUCGAAGAGCCAUUCGACAUCAAGGGCAACAAGGUCAUCCCAGCCCUCGUCAGCGAGAUCGUGAACACAUUCAAAGCUGUCGCCCUUCUCAACCCGCUAUUCCGCGACCACAUUUCUACCUUCUCCGUGCAGACCACUAUGAAUGUGGGCGAGGAUCCCGUCAAACUGGCUGAUUUCGCAGCUGCCGUGGCACAGGCAGACUCCCACGAGCUGCAGGAGGCACUGGAGGAGUUGAAUGUGGAACAGCGACUGAGCAAGGCCCUCAUCGUGCUCAAGAAGGAGCUCAUGAAUGCUGAGCUCCAGUCGAAGAUUGUCAAGGAUGUUGAAAACAAGAUUACUAAGAAGCAGCGCGAAUACUGGCUCCUGGAACAAAUGAAGGGCAUCAAGCGUGAGCUUGGAAUCGAGUCCGACGGCAAAGACAAGCUUCUUGAAAAGUUCAACGACAAGGCUAGCAAGCUGGCCAUGCCAGAAGCUGUCAAGAAGGUCUUCGACGAAGAAAUCAGUAAGCUCGGUCAUCUUGAACCCAACGCAUCUGAGUUCAACGUCACGCGAAACUACCUCGACUGGCUCACGCAGCUUCCGUGGGGUCAAAGGAGCGCCGAGAACUUUGGUAUCAAGCACGCACGAGAGGUGCUUGAUGAGGACCACUACGGUCUCAAGGACGUAAAGGAUCGCAUUCUGGAAUUCAUUGCAGUCGGCAAGCUCCGUGGUACGGUCGAAGGAAAGAUAUUGUGCUUGGUUGGACCUCCCGGUGUUGGUAAAACUUCAAUCGGAAAAUCCGUUGCGCGAGCACUCAACCGACAGUAUUACCGCUUCAGUGUCGGUGGUUUGUCGGAUGUAGCCGAGAUUAAGGGCCACCGAAGGACCUACGUUGGCGCGCUACCUGGUCGCAUUAUCCAGGCACUCAAGAAGUGUCAGACUGAGAACCCAUUGAUCUUGAUUGACGAGGUCGACAAGAUUGGUCGUGGCCAUAACGGCGACCCUUCCUCGGCACUGCUUGAGCUUCUUGACCCCGAACAGAACAGCAGCUUCCUAGACCACUACCUCGAUGUUCCCGUCGACCUGUCAAAAGUACUUUUUGUAUGCACGGCAAACAUGCUGGACACCAUUCCUCGCCCGUUGCUCGAUCGUAUGGAAAUAAUCGAGUUGUCUGGAUACGUUGCGGAUGAGAAGAUUGCCAUCGCUGAACGUUAUCUUGCACCGCAAGCUAAGGUGAUCAAUGGUCUCGAUAAAGCAGACGUUAUCCUUGAAAAGGAAGCCAUUGUCGAGUUGAUUAACAAGUACUGCCGCGAAUCAGGCGUUCGGAACCUCAAGAAACAGAUCGAAAAGGUUUACAGGAAGUCAGCCCUAAAGAUCGUGACUGACCUAGGCGAGGAAGUUUUCCCAGAAUCCGAAGCACUCACUGAAGAAGGCAAGACCGCGCAGCAAGAAGCCGAGAAGGAUCAGACCGACGUGAAAGAAACAUCAGAGAACGUCGAGAAGGAGACCACCGAGAAGCCGCGAGUUGCGCUUCAGGUGCCGGAUAGCGUCCACGUCUCUAUCAACAAGGACAACCUGAAGGAUUAUGUUGGACCACCGGUAUUCACAUCUGACAGGCUGUACGAUGUCGCGCCUCCAGGCGUCGCUAUGGGUCUUGCCUGGACCUCGAUGGGUGGUGCUGCGCUCUACGUUGAAUCAAUCUUAGAGAAGGCGCUCUCUGCUAAGUCCUCCCCUGGACUUGAACGCACUGGCUCUCUCAAGAACGUCAUGAAGGAGUCCACAAUUGUGGCGUACUCGUUCGCCAAGAGCUUGCUCGCCCGCGAAUUCCCUAAGAACAAGUUCUUCGAACACGCACAAAUUCAUUUGCAUUGCCCAGAAGGCGCAACACCGAAGGACGGCCCUAGCGCUGGUAUAACCAUGGCGACCAGUCUGUUGGGUCUUGCACUCAAUAGUAAAGUCCGGGAAGGUGUAGCAAUGACCGGAGAGCUCACCGUAACCGGCAAGGUCUUGAGGAUAGGUGGUUUGAGGGAGAAGACUGUAGCGGCGAGACGAGCUGGGGCGACAACGGUCAUCUUCCCGGCCGACAACAUGUCAGAUUGGCUUGAGCUACCUGAGAACAUCAAAGAGGGUAUCGAAGGCCGACCUGUCUCGUGGUACAAUGAAGUCUUUGACCUUGUCUUCCCGGGCCUUGACAAGGAUGCCAGUAGUAAGCUAUGGGAGAAGGAGCUGAAGUCGAAGAAGGGAGAUCGCAAGAGGAAGGAAUACAAGAAGCGUGAGGAUGACGAGGAAGAAAGCGGGGAUGAGGACGAUUGAGCGAUCGUUGAGCGAAGAUGUGUAAGAUAUGUACAGUGUCGACGAUGAGCAUCGCAUACCAGGCGUAAUUCUUUGGCAUUUGCUUGCAUAGGGUAACGACAUUGUAAUCCCCCUCUAAGCAUGUAGACAGACCUUGCAAGCUUGCUUAUUUCUGAGCUAGCUGCCUGUAGAUCUUUACGAUUAUGUUGUCAAUACUAUACUUGCUCGAAGUAUGAGUC